UUUAAUGCCUUGAGUGUAAGAACAGGGGAAGGAGGGCAGUGUCUCUGAUUGAUGUCACCGGAAACCACCCCUGCAGCUGUGCAGGCUGAUAUGGGAAUUGGACUAAUGCAGUCAGCACAGUAGGAAAAGCUGCCCUCAGAGCAAACGCUCAGUCCACAGCUGGGAGUGUGGGUGACACUGGAGGGAGAGAAAGUCCAGCAGAGACCUCAGACCAUGCCGUACCCCACCCCAACCCUCCUUGCCCUCCUGAGCCUGCUCUCCGUGGCUGGCGCUGUGGGUCUGGGGGAGCUGUGCCCGUCUGAGAUUAAUAAGAUCAAGGACCGACUGGAGGUCAACUGCUCCGGGCAAGGGCACAGGGAAGUGCCUCUUCCCCUGCCCAAGAACACCAGCAUCCUGCUGCUCAGCACCAACCACCUGGCAUCCGUCUCCACUGCCUCCUUCCAGCACCUCCCGGAGCUGAUUGACCUGGAUCUGUCAUACAACGGGCUGAGCGCACUGCAAACUGGGACCCCCAUGCCUUUGCUGCAGGAGCUAAUUCUGUCCCACAAUGCACUGGAGCUGCUGCCCUCACUACAGGGCCUGCCUGCUCUCACCCACCUGGCCCUGGCUCACAACAAUAUUACACAGCUGGCGCCAGGGCACUUCCGGGAUGUGAAGCUGCUGAAGGAACUGAAUCUACGGGGGAACCGGCUGCGGACACUGCCAGAAGAGAUCUUUGAGGGCCUGGCUAAAUUGCAGGACCUGGAUCUGUCCGAUAACACCCUGGAGGAGCUGCCACAGGGGCUGUUGGCUGGGCUGGAACUGGAGACGCUGCGACUGUCAGGAAACCAGCUUCGCACUCUGCCCAGUGGCUUCUUCCCAGAGGAGCACAUGUUCGCCUAUGUCUUCCUGGCAGGGAAUCCCUGGCGCUGUGACUGUGACCUGGCCUAUCUGCAGGGCUGGAUCUCUGAUAAUGAAUUCAGUGUCUACAGGCAGGAGCAGCGGGCAGAUAGGCUGCUGACUGAGAUCGAUCCCCGCAGCCCUGUGUGCAAUACGCCCGAUAAAUACAGAGGGAGCCCCGUCCUCGACUUCCAGCAGACCUUUUCAGAGCCAGAAUAA